GAGAAGACAAAACACGGUCCACACUGAUAUUAAAUCUUACCUUGUGCAGCCCUAAAGAAAACUGAUCUCAGGUCAGAGAAGUGGUGACGCCUCUUGUGUAGGAUAAGACCAACCUCUGCUGUACAUGUCAGCUGCUGAUCUGCAACAAAGUCAAUGUACAAACAUAAGCAGGUUUUCAGUUCGACCACAGGACAGUUUAGCAGCCCCCCCACUUCCUCAUCAAGCAUCGAAACAGAGCACAAGCUUCCUGUGACGCCUCUGUGUCUGUGGUCAAUCAGUAAACUAGCAUCAAUGUUCUUCAUUAUUGCGAAGUUAUACUGCAUUGGAGGAAGAGACUGGCCCAUCCAUCUCCAAGAGAACCUACACGUCUGACUGGGAGGAGAAUUCACACUGGCAAUAACUUCAUCAACCUGCGCAGAAAGACACACAAAACAAUAGUUCAUCAAAAAGCUAUGUUUUUGUUAAAUUAAAAACUGGAUACUUUGGACACAACCAUGCUACAACAGUCAGAGCUAAUUUUUGAUUUUGCUAGUGAUCAUGUGAACAUGUCACAGCUGAUGGCGUGCUCUGAUUACCCUGCGGUGAUAGUAGAACAAGUUCCCCAUGCGCACCUGCUGUCCUACUCGGGUUUGACCUGUGAACAGAUCAACAAAGACGACCAUCAACAUCUUUUCAAAGUGGAACCAUGUGAAAGUGGUGAAGAAGAAACCAUGGAGACACUUGUUGCUGCUGACUCCCUUCUCAACAUGGACUGUGCAGACACACUGUCUCUGGAAGAACAUUAUUCCCAGGCCUUUUUACCGUCACUGAGUGAUGUCAUUGCUGCUCCAGUUACCCAGGUGACCGUGUCAGCUGAGGGCAUUGUGGGAGCUGUGGACCAGCCACUGUGGCACACUGUGCACCAUGACCAGUCUGCUACCCCUCAGUCCAAAAAGAGAGGAAAGAAAUACAGAAGCCGCAGAGCUGAGUCUCCCACACCAGACAUUACUGUAAAAAAGGACAGAUAUAAUAAAGGUGGAACCACACUGUAUCUGUGGCAAUUCUUGAUGGAAUUGCUACAAGACAGACAAGUCUGCCCCCGCUACAUCAAAUGGACUGAUCAUCGCCAAGGGAUCUUCAAAUUGGUCAAUUCAAAAGCUGUUGCCAGACUCUGGGGCAAACACAAGAACAAACCUGACAUGAAUUAUGAGACAAUGGGCCGAGCUCUAAGGUACUACUACCAGAGAGGUAUUCUGAACAAGGUGGAGGGUCAACGUUUAGUCUACCAGUUCACUUCACUGCCCAAAGAUAUGAUUUAUAUAACUGACGGAGAAGGUUCCAAAGAAGAGGAUGAAGAAAACAGCUCUGAUGAAACUGACAGUGAAUCAGACGACAGCACAAUAUCUUCAGGUGACCAGUCAUUUGACCAGGAGACUUUUUGCCCACCUCCACAAAAGAAAAUGUCUAUACGACCCCCCGGUCCAAAGACCAGGAUAACUCCAAAGGCUUCAGCCCAGCGUGAGACAGUCUUGAGGUCAGCCAAGAACAGCCUCAUCCAGGAGCAGCAUCUGCCCAUCGUUUCUGCGGAGAUGCUGCGGACCCUUCAAAACCUCCAGAAGGUCCAGUCUCUGCAACCAUCAGGUCAUGGCUCCGUCUUCAAAACCGCUCAGCUGCUGGGGAGCCUGUGUGAGCGGCAAGCAGCAGCUGAAGUGGCAGUGGACAGUAAACCUGCUCUCAACAAUGGAGAGAAAAAGUCGCACUGUGGAAAAACAACAGUGGAAACUGUGUAGCUUGUGCAUUAUGUAGCCUAGCACAAAUCUAUGAAGACCCCCAACUAUUUAUACAACAUCAACUUAUGCUGUUGAUCUAAAGCCUGACCAAACAUCACUGCAGCACACAAUAUGCUUGUUUUUUAUUAGUACAGGUACUCCGCUCAGUGCCCUGUUAUAUCUCUGAGUGGUCACCACGUGUGAUUGAAUCUCACAAUAUCAGAGAAAAUUAAUCUUUCUCCAUAACUAAUUGUCUUUAGAUUAUCUUUAGUAUUGUGAAAAUUAUACAUGUAUAUAUUUUAUUUCCUCACACCAAAAACAUAUAUGUUAGCUUUUGGCAAUUCCAGUAUAGUCAGUGUGAAACAUAGACUGUAUAUAAAAAUGAACAUGGAUAACUCGCUAGCCACUGCGUCCCAAAUAAGAAGUUUGCAUGCAGGCUCUUCUGGCUCCUACUGACCCUGGCUCCCAUUGACUUACAUUUGAAUAUUGUCACCCCUCCCACUGUAAUUGCUGCAGUGACCCUUUUCAUUUGGGUCUUAAAAUUUUCAUAUUAAUCCUGGUGUUUUUAUUUUGCUAUUUUGUCCGUUAAAAAAAAUUAUUUUCCUAACGUUGAGCCUGGCUCCAAAUUCACUCUUACAAACGCUAUGGGUGAUGUCACACUCACUUAGUCCAUUUUUUUAUACAGUCUAUGGUGUGAGAAGUAUGACAUGUCAAAAACGGGCAUUAUUGAUUUUAUUCAAGUAUACCACUUUCUUUUAUGUAAAUAUAUUUUGGCCUCCUCCAGUAGAGGCAUUUUUCCUCUAAAUGUCAAAUUGGGAAAAGGAGGCAUAAGUUAGUGAAAAAAUGUAAGAAGGUGAGAUUCAGUCACAGAUGGUUUCUAAAGAUGUAACAGGACAACCUCUUGGGCAAAAAUGUGUAAUCUUAUGAGCUUGUCUUUAUCUCAGCAUUAUUUAACAUUUUUAUUGCCCUUUAUCUUUCAUACACCAAAGUUACAUGCACUGGAAGCUCUUUUGCUGCAUUAUCUGCAGACACGUGCUUGCACUCCUGCUCCUGAUUUUGGAGUGAUUUUCUGAUGAUCACACUGUGCCCUGCUCUCAGUCUUACUAUCGUAUGUGUCUUAACUGUUGCACGCUAAUUAAAGUCUGCCUUGUAAAUGGGAUUGCACUAAAGGUUACUCCUGCUGUUUAAGUGCCUGAAGACUGGUUGCAGUGUCCUUGGUUUUUUUAGGACAAUGAGGAUGUCAAGGGAAACAUUCCAUUAAUUUACUGCUUUUGUUUGUGAAUGAUUGAAAACAAGGGAUUAUUGUUUUUUCUGAAAUUGCAGUCUGACACUGCUGCUCUUCUGUGACAAUCAACAGUGACAUGAAGCUGUUGCUUGUUUUGCUUUUGUGCCUUAUGUGUACUUGUCAUUAUUUAGUGGUUAUUGUGUUCUUAUACAUAUAUUGUUAACUUCUAUGGACCUCUAAAGCCUUAAUGUCUUUAUGUAUUGGUUAUUAUACAAUAUACUGUAUAACUGUGUUUUUGCCAUUUCCCUCAGGUUUAUAAAACUUUGAUUUGCUUUAUAGACUAUAUGCCUUUUGCACCCAAUUAGCCUAUGCAAGAAUAAAGCGACUUGCUCAUAAAGUCA